AUGGUUUGUCCCGACGCGGUGUUCUUUGAAGCUGCGCAAGUGGCCGAGUUUGGUGACGUUGUCGGCGCCGCGAUGGUGAGCGAGGCUGGCCCAGUGGCGCACUCGCUGGCAGAAGUCCAGGUGACGACGGUGCCGACGCGUGCAACAGCUAUUGGCACGUCGGGUCUCUCGGUUGCAGUCGCGCAUGAUCAGGGCAAGCGCAAGACGAUGGAGGAUGCCGAUCUGGUGUGCCUCGACCUGGCCGCCCGCGCCGCAUCGUCAUCUGCUGCCAUGGAGCUGCCUGAAGGCGGUUGGCACGCGCUAUUUGCUGUCUUUGACGGCCACUCGGGCGCUGAGUGUGCCAAGUACUGUGCAGACAACAUCAUUGAGACGCUUGUCUCGGCGCCGGCCUUUGCCGAAGAUCCUGAGGCUGCGCUCACGCAGGCGUUUGCUACGCUCGAGACGAGUUGGCUCGAGUCGGCCAUUAGCACCGAGGCCGACGACGGAACGACUGCAGUGGUGGCAUAUCUUCGCGGGACAACGCUCUGGGUGGCCAACGCCGGUGACUCGGAAGCCAUCCUCACAUGCACUACGGCCGGCAUUUCCGAGCUCACCACCUGCCACAACCCAGCCAAGAACCCGGCAGAGCGCGAGCGGGUGGCUCAGCUGGGCGGGACGGUAAUGCCCAACGGACGGCUUCGGCACCCGGUCCUUCCGGGCUCGAUGUUCUCCAUUGCAGUCUCCAAAGCGCUCGGCGAUCUCACGUUCAAGCAUGACCAGUACACCAAAGGCAAGCCGUCGGGCCUGACGGCCGUGCCGUCUGUCAACAAGAUUGAGCUCACCGACGACGCACACUUUGUGCUGAUGGCUUGCGAUGGCCUGUGGGACGUCAUGGCCUUUGACGUGGCCGCAGGCUUUGUCGUCCGCCGGCUCAAUUCGGGCCUCGACGUGCAGGCCAUCGUGGACCAGCUUGUGGCGCGGGCAAUUGACUUGGGCUCGAUGGACAAUGUGACAGCCCUGCUCAUUGUGUUUGAUCCGUAG